AUGGGCGGCUUCGUCUCAUACCCGCGCUUGUACGAGAUUCUGGCCUACGCCGUCACCGAGAAGGGGAAGCCUGGGGCACCGCUACAGAAACUGUCGAGCGUCUCUUUGAAUACGGAUGGUGGGCAACUGCUGAGCAUCAAAGAGCUCCUCCCGUUCCUCAAACUCGAUACCGUGACCACAGUCAGCGCCCACAGACUCCUGGACGAGAUGGAUAAGGAGUGUGUUUUUAUCUACGAUUCUCAGUCUAAAAUCAACGAUCUCUCGCUCAUCAAAAAUAGUAUGAAUUCGCACUCGCUCAGUUGCCUACUGUACUGCUGUCCGUAUCUUCGACGCUUUACCUACGACUCCGGGAACGACGAUAUGGGGAGGGAAUUCGUAGAUCCCGCCAUCGCCAGCGGCCUCUUGGCAUCCAAAGAGUCCCUGGAAGAAAUAGUACUCUCAAACGACCUCGCCUGUGAAGCAAGUCGCUGGUAUCCCGUUUCGCCUUUGGCAUCAUUCCCGAAACUGCGUAUUAUUGACGCAGAUUUCGUGAACUUCAUUAGACUCAACCACAAAAUGGCAGAGUAUAGCGAGGACGAUAGUGAGGGCGAUAGCGAGGAUGACUAUGAUGGGGAAGUUUUUACUUUUGAUCACAUCGAGGAGGAAAUUUCGUGGUUUGCUGACUUGAUGCCUGAGUCUUUGGAGCAUCUCGUCGUGAGAGACUGUUCGGAUGCGAUCUUUGACGGGGUGGCUGAUCUUCUGGACCGUGGCCAUGCUACGUCCCUCAAGACUAUAGAGUUGAAGUUUGAUGAAUAUGCGACAAUGGACUCUCAUGAUAGGUACGGUGAAUACUGGGAGGGUAGAGCAAAGGAAGAGGGAAUCGUGCUUACUAGAGUUCGCGGGAACGCGAUGCCAGUCCUUGAAAUGGCGAGUUUGGGGUUGGAUUGA